CGGGCUUCCAGAGAGUUCGGACGGAGAAGGGUGGAAGAAGCUGAAGACUGUCGGUGGCGCAUCAGAGGGGAAAGAUGGUGAAAGAAACGGGCUACUAUGAUCUCUUGGGCGUCAAGCCGGGCGCCACCUUGGACGAGAUCAAGCGAGCGUACCGGCGGCUGGCGCUGAAAUACCAUCCCGACAAGAACCCCAGCGAAGGAGAGCGGUUCAAGCAGAUCUCGCAAGCCUACGAGGUGCUGUCGGACACCCAAAAGAGGGCGCUGUAUGACCGGGGCGGGGAGCGGGCCAUGAAAGAAGGCGGCACUGGAGGCCGAGGAGGAUUUGGGUCCCCGAUGGACAUAUUCAACAUGUUCUUCGGAGGCGGGGUGCGGAUGCCUGGCCGGCCAGAGAGGAGAGGAAAGACAGUGGUGCAUCCGCUCUCGGUGACCCUGGAGGAUCUGUACAACGGCACCACCCGAAAGCUGUCCCUGCAGAAGAACGUCAUCUGCAGCAAGUGCAACGGCUGCGGGGUCCGGGAAGGCGUCGACAGCAGGUGCCCCAAGUGCCACGGCACCGGCAUGGAGUUUCACGUCCACCAGUUGGGGCCCAGCAUGAUCCAGCAGAUACAGACCAUGUGCUCGCAAUGCCAGGGCCAGGGCGAGUGGGUCCGGCCCCUCGAUCGCUGCCUCACCUGCAACGGCAGGCGGGUGGUGCGAGAGAAGAAGAUCUUGAACGUCCACCUGGACAGAGGCAUGCAGGACGGGCAGAGGAUCACGUUCCACGAGGAAGGGGACCAGGUGCCCGGCCUAGAGCCCGGGGACGUGGUCAUCGUCCUGGAUCAGAAGGAACACCCCGUCUUCCAGCGCAUCGGCAACAACCUGGUCCUCCGAAAGGAAAUCAGCCUGGUGGAUGCUCUGUGCGGCUUCAGGCAAGUUGUCCGCACUCUGGACAACAGGCCCCUGCUCGUCUCCUCACAGCUUGGUGACGUCAUCCGGCCGGGAUCCGUGAAGUGCGUCCCUAACGAGGGCAUGCCCGUCUACAGAAACCCCGCCCAGAAGGGCCGGCUCAUCAUACACUUCCAGGUGAGAUUCCCAGAGCCAGGCUGGCUCUCCCCGGACCGUCUCCGCCAGCUCCGCACUUUCUUUCCCCCCCAAGAAGAGGUCAUGGCGACGGAGGACAUGCAGGAGGUGGAACUGAACGACUACUUCUCCCAGCCGGGACACUGGUGGCAACCCCACGCCGGCGAGGCCUACCACGAAGACGACUUCGAGGAGGCCUCGCGCCCGCACGUCCAGUGCCACACGUCGUAGCCCCCUCCCCCCCCCCCAGGCGGCCGCCCCCUCCCUGGAGCAGGGCGGGGCGAGGGGGGCGGUUCAGAAGGUCGUGCGGUUCAGGGAUGUAAAUAGUUAACACUGCCACCGGUCCAGUUCGGCAGAACUAGCGUAGCUCCGGCCUGGCUCGGUCGGUCGCCGGGGGGCGCCACUGAGCCCCUCAUCCUGCCAGCACGCACUCAAGGGCUUAGGCUCCAGCUAACGGGAGUUGCUGCCUCCGAGGAGCGUAGUGGUGUGAAAGGGUCCCUGGGCACAAUGCCUCAGGAUCAAUGUCUACAGGGAUCAUUCACCUCUGUCGCUCUGGGGGCCUGAUUCUCAUUCACACCGAAGCCCCUUUAGGCCCCAAUAAGGAGGCCUUAAAGUGGGAGUAACCGUACCCCGCGCCCACAGGCGGGCCCCUUUUGUGCUGCCUGAGCGGCGUCAAAGCACCUUAGUUGUCCUCGAGAAUCGGGUCCUUGGGUUUAAACCCCUUCCAGAUUCUCCUCUCAGCCCCGUGGGAAUUUGACCAGCUUUAGUUAACGUGCCGUUUUUGCAGGAAAGCCUCGUGCCGUUUCGCGACCUGCCCCGGGCGUUUUGCUUCCUCCUCUGCCUUGGGUGGACUGUGCGGCUUCCCCGCUUGGGCUGCAAAGACGCGCUCGCUCGCUCGCUCUAGAGAUCUUCUUUUGCACAUUUAAGCGAAAGGGGCUGUUUUCCCGGGGAGGGAAUGUCAGGGGCUUUUUAAACAAAGCCGGUUUUCCUCCGCUUGGAAAACGCCAGCAGCUUCGCAAAGACACGUCUGUCCGCUUGGGUUUUCCAUUGACUCGCGUUCCCUUAGCACGUAACAGGAUGCGGAAAGAAUUCUGAGUCAGUGGCACUUAACUACAAAUCAUCCCCAACCUGGAAUCAAAUCCGCCCGGGAGGAGGUCUAGGGGCCAAGAUCUAGUCCAAGGAGCCUGGGUCUGCUUCGCGGAUCUCUACCGCCGAUCUGGUCGGUAGCACUGAAAUCCCAGGCCUUGAUUCCCAAGUGCCCUGCCCUGUUGUGGUUUACGCCAGCGCAUAGUCGGCGCAGAAUCUGGAUCAGAACCAGUGUAAAUGCACCAGGCCUAGGGCAAUGAAUCAGUCCUGCCCGCAGGCGUUUGGGGAUUGUAGCGCCAUCUACUGGUAGUCCUGAGCUAUGCGCUAUCCCAGAAUAAAACAUGGCUCAGCUGUUCCUUUCAA